AUGGUCUCUCCAGUCACGAAUGGCAACACUUUGCCCAUUCAUGGGAAUGGCACCAAUGGAAUCCCCCAUAUCAAUGGUCAGGCCUCGACUCCAGAGAUCAAUGCCACCUCAACGCCAGACUCCAGCAUACCAAUCAUCGAUACUCCAUUAUUGAUUGUGGGAGCUGGUCCUGCUGGUGCAUCAUUGGCAUCAUUUCUUUCUCACCCACCAUAUUCCAUGACGGGUAUCAUGAUCGCUGCUGCCCCGACCACAUCACAGACUCCCAGGGCCCACAUCACCAACCCAGCCGCCUUUGAAUGUUUACGAGACAUUGAUCUCGAGCAGGAAUGUCUCUCUCAGGCUGUUCAGGGAGACUGCAUGGUCCACACCCGCUGGUGCCAUGAUAUGACUGGCGAAGAGUAUGCUCGUAUCUAUUCUUGGGGAAAUGACCCCAAACGCCGAGCCGAUUACGAGGGAGCCACUCCCUGUCGUCAUGUCGAUUUGCCCCAGACGGUCUUUGAGCCAAUUGUCGUCCAGCGAGCAGCAGCAGAUGGUUGGGAUGUUCGAUUCAAGACCUCUCUCAUCAGAUUCGACAAGCAGGCUGAUGGUCGCAUUCUCAGUCUGGUCAGAGAUGAUUUGACCCAGCUCCAGUACUAUAUUCGUUCAACUUACCUGUUUGGUUGUGACGGUGCCAGAAGUCAGGUCAUUCGUCAACUCAACAUUCCUCUGAUCAAAAAGCCCGGUCAGGGUUUGGCUUUGAAUGUCUUGGUCAAGGUCGAUCUCAGUGAUUAUGUCGAGGCUAGAAAAGGAAAUCUUCACUGGGUCUUCCAACCAGACGUCGAAUACCCAGACUUUGCGUGGAGUGGCUUGAUCAGGAUGGUCAAGCCCUGGAAUGAAUGGAUGUUCAUUCUCUUCCCAAAACCUGACGUCGAAUUCAAGGAGCCGACCCAUGAACAAUAUCUUCAGCGAUGUAAGGAGAUUGUCGGCCGUGACGACCUCCCCAUUGAGAUCCUCAACAUCUCCAAAUGGAAUAUCAACGAGAUUGUCGCCGAAUACUACUCUGAAGGAAACAUCUUCUGUCUGGGAGAUGCUGUUCACCGACACCCUCCCUUUAACGGUCUUGGCUCCAACACCUGUAUCCAGGACGCUUUCAACCUGGCCUGGAAGAUCAAGAUGGUCCACCAAGGCCUUGCCUCGCCUACUCUGUUAGAUUCCUUCAGUAAAGAACGUCAACCCGUCGGCCUUGGUGUCGUCACGCGAGCUAACCAAGGUAUCCGUGACCACUCUCCCGUCUGGAAAGAACUGGGACUUCUGGAACCUACACCCGAGAAACGAAUGAAGGCUCUCAACGAUUUGAAGACAGCCUCCCCCGAAGCCAGAGAACGCCGCAAGAGAGUCAACGCCGCCGUUGAAGGUACUAGCCAUGAGUUCCACGGACUUGGUGUCGAGAUGAACCAUCGAUACGAGUCCGACGCCGUAUAUCUCGACGACGAACUAGCCGCCGGCAGAACCAAACCGGAAUGGCCUGAAGACCCCAUCCUGCAGCACAAGAUCAGCACCUACCCAGGCCACCGCUUACCGCACGCCUGGCUCAACACCGCCUUUCCACAAAAGCAGUCCACCUCUACCAUCGACUUGGCAGGUCACGGUCGAUUCUCUCUCUUCACUGGCAUCGGCGGAGAGAAAUGGCUCGCGGCCGCUGAGAAGGUGUCAAAGGAGUUGGGCGUCGAGAUAAAAGGUGUGACUAUUGGUUGGGGUCAAGACUGGGUCGACUUGUAUCGUGAUUGGGAAUCAAGACGUGAAGUCGAAGAAGAUGGCUGUAUUCUCGUCCGACCAGAUCGAUUUAUUGCCUGGCGCUCAACAGAGUUGGUGCCAGAUUGCGAUGCCAAACUUCUCGACGUCUUGAAACGUGUUCUUGGCCGAUAG